UUCUUUAUAUUAUAAUCCAUAGACAUAUAUAAAAUACAAAAGUACCUGGGUAUAUUGGCAGAAACAGAAAUUUGAUCCGAGUGAAUUCAGAAAGGGAUUCCAUGACACAGCAAUUGAUUGGAUUUGAAUUUCCAUGCCAGUUGACAACCAAAUGACCAAGCCUCACAUAGCCUUGGGCCAUGGUGUAAUCCUAUCACUAUUGGUUACCUUACUCUUAUUAGGCUGCUUUGUUCUUCGCUACCAUGCUUCUACGCCGUCCCUCACUAUAUUCCUGCCACAACACCACAGCAAGAAGUUGGGACCUCUUAAUGAUUAUGUAGCUUUCGUCUCAUUAGCUUCCAAUGACAGGAGGGGAUGGAUGUUGAAUCCCGUCAUAGCUGCUGUACGAGCGGGUCUCACAGGAGGGGUCAAAUCAUGCAAGUCUGUUCAUGUGGGGGAGAUAAAACCUGGUGGAAUCAGGGGAAACCAUCGGCAUCUUAUCUGCAACGAGACAUUUAUCAUCUGGGGAGCGAAAACUAUCUUUCGGGUUUUGGAGUAUGAGGAUGGUAAUUUUGUUUUUUCUUGUUGGGUGUGCAGUUUGAAGAUGGUGGGAGUGAGAAAGGUUAUGGGGAGGUGUUGGUGGGUGCAGAGGAUGUUCUGGUGGCAAAUAGUCCCCAAGGAAGGGCUCAUGCAUUGGCAAAUGUAGAUCACAUCCGCUCCACUUAUUUUCUAGGAUGCCAGGAUGCCAUUCUCAACUCCUCCAAUCCUGACACAGAAUACCGAGUUUGGAAAGAUCUAUGAUAUAUAUGCUAAUUUUGUUUUUUGGUUGCUAAAUAUCACAUAAUCAUCUUCUGUAUAUUUAAUGGGAAUUCUACUACCAAGUUUAUGCUGUCCCUUUUCCAUAUUUUCACUGUAAAUUGUUGUCAUUGUUAUAGCUUUCAAGUUUUUUCUUCUUGUAGAUGCUUUAUAAAGUUUUAUGUGAGAAUUCUUUCUUUCGAUUA